AAGCAAAAUUCUGUGAUGGCCCGAUCAUAUCCUGACUCCCCCAUGAAAGAGGGAAAAAGAGCAAAAAAGCAAAAACAAUAAAUGAUGAUUGAGUCACGAAACUGAAUCAAAAGAGAGUCAGAACAACAACCUCGGAAAGACAAACAAAACGACCAACAAUCAUCAUAAUCCAUAAUAACCCAUAAUAAUGCAACCUCAAUAAAUGCGAAUGAAAAUCCCAACAAAACACAAAUCAUUAAUAUGUGACCACCCCCACUUUUUGUAGAUUGAGGGAAAUCUACCCUUUUUUGAAAUCAUUUUUUCUGGGAUUUCCCCUGUUCUGGGACUCUGUGAAACAGAGUGUUUUGUCAUAAAGGUGGGAUCUUUGAGGGGGAAAAGGCAGAGGGGGAAGUGGGAUUUUCACCAUGAUGCCUAAGAAGGAAGGCAAAAGGGUCUCUUUCUUCAACAGGAAAAUGUGUGGAGGAGAAAUGGUGGAGAAUGAAAUUGAAAGAAUUUCCAGGGAUGACAAGAGUUCCCAUAGCAUCUCCAGUGGGAUUCUUCCUUCUCUUGGUGCGCAUAGCAACCGUAAAGUCAAGCUUCGUCGUUUCAUUGUUUCCCCUUUUGAUCCUCGUUACAGAGUUUGGGAGACAUACCUAGUAUUCUUGGUGUUCUAUACAGCAUGGGUCUCGCCAUUUGAGUUUGGCUUCCUAGAAAAACCUUCAAAACCGCUCUCCAUUACAGACAAUAUCGUUAAUGGAUUUUUCGCCAUUGACAUCAUUUUAACAUUUUUUGUUGCGUAUCUUGAUAAGAGCACCUAUCUUCUUAUUGACAACCCAAGGCAGAUUGCUUGGAGAUAUGCAAGUACAUGGUUAGUUUUUGACGUGAUAUCCACCAUCCCUUCAGAAUUAGCCAGGGCUAUUUUACCCAAACCUCUUAAAGAAUAUGGCUUCUUCAAUAUGCUUCGUCUCUGGCGUCUUAGGAGAGUUAGCGCCUUCUUUGCUAGGCUUGAGAAAGACAGGAAAUUCAGUUAUUUUUGGGUUCGUUGUUCAAAGCUUAUAUGUGUGACUCUCUUUGCAGUUCACUGUGCUGCUUGCUUCAAUUAUCUUCUUGCUGCCAAAUAUCAUGACCCAAAAGAUACAUGGAUUGGCCUAGUCAUGGAAAACUUUAUUGAACAAAGUCUGUGGGUGCGCUAUGUGACUUCAAUGUACUGGUCCAUCACCACCCUUACAACUACAGGCUAUGGUGAUUUACAUGCAGUUAACACACAAGAGAAGAUAUUUGACAUUUUCUACAUGUUGUUCAACCUGGGCCUCACAGCAUAUAUCAUCGGUAACAUGACCAACUUGGUUGUGCAUGGAACCAGUAGAACUAGGAAAUUUAGAGAUACCAUUCAAGCUGCUUCAAGUUUUGCUGCCAGGAAUCAGCUGCCUGUUCGUCUUCAAGAUCAGAUGCUUGCUCACCUCUGCCUGAAAUACAGAACAGAUUCGGAAGGCCUGCAGCAACAAGAAGUUCUUGACGUGCUUCCAAAAGCAAUUCAUUCAAGCAUCUCUCAUUACCUAUUUUAUUCACUAGUUGAUAAAGUUUACUUGUUCCAAGGAGUAUCAAAUGACCUGCUUUUCCAGCUGGUCUCCGAGAUGAAAGCCGAAUAUUUUCCACCAAGGGAAGACGUCAUUUUGCAAAAUGAAGCACCUACAGACUUGUAUAUUUUGGUGACCGGGGCAGUGGAAGUUAUCUUGCUCAAAAAUGGAACAGAACAGGUUGUUCGUGAGUUGAAAACAGGAGACGUUUGUGGUGAAAUUGGUGUUCUUUGCUAUAGGCCCCAACCUUUCACUGUCCGAACAAAACGGCUGAGUCAGCUGCUGAGAUUGAACCGUACGGCUUUUUUGAACAUUGUUCAAGCGAAUGUUGGAGAUGGAACUGUAAUAAUAAACAAUCUUCUUCAGUAUUUGAAAGAGUCCAGGGAAGACUUGACCGAAGGAAUUCUAGAAGAAACAGAAGAACUGCUUGCCCAAGGAAGAAUGGAUAUGCCUCUUAGCUUAUGUUUUGCAGCAACAAGAGGAGAUGAUCUUCUAUUGAAUCAAUUGCUAAGACGAGGGAUGGAUCCAAAUGAAUCGGACAACAACAAACGGACACCUAUGCAUAUUGCAGCCUUUAACGGUAGUAUUGAUUGUAUUGUAUUACUUCUGGAUUAUGGAGCUGAUCCAAAUAAAAAAGAUUCUGAAGGGCGUGUUCCUCUAUGGGAUGCCAUGUUGGGUAAGCAUGAAGCAGUGAUACAAUUAUUGCGGAACAAUGGUGCAAAACUGUCCUUUGGUGAUGUUGGAGCAUUGGCAUGCUAUGCCGUUGAGCAAAACAAUCUAGAUUUGCUCAGAGACAUAGUUAGAUAUGGUGGAGAUGUCACCCUCCUCUCUGGUUCAGGUACUACAGCAUUACACAGGGCUGUGUCCGAAGAGAAUGCUGAAAUAGUAAAGUUUCUUAUAGAACAAGGAGCCGAUGUUGACAAGCCAGAUGCGCACAAUUGGACACCAAGAGCAUUGGCUGAUCAUCAAGGAAACAAUGAGAUAAUGUCUCUAUUGCAAACUGCUAAUAAAUCGAAUGAUCGACCAGUGCUGCCUGUACCUGAGAUGCAGGGUUUACCUCAACUUAAAAAGUACCAGAGCGAGCCAACCAUUCCUCCUGCAAACCAAGAAGUGACAGUGAGCUUUAUGGAGGCUGAUCCAUCACCUACCCGCUUGAGACGAAGGCCAAGUAACUAUCACAACUCCUUGUUUGGGAUAAUGUCAGCUGCGAAGAGGCCUAAUACAGGAGACAGCAGUGUUGCACAGUCUCCAAUGAGUUUCACAAAGUCUGGAAAACAGGCUAGAGUGACCAUUAGUUGUCCUGAUAGCAGUGAUGACUCUAGCAGACUUGUCUUCCUUCCGGAUUCGAUUGACGAGCUACUUGAUGUCGGCGCACUAAAAUUUGGAAUUCGCGCAUCCAAAGUUCUCACCAAAGAUGGAGCUCUAAUUGAAGACACAGCAGUGGUUAGAGAUGGGGAUCAUCUUAUUCUUGCUGGUAUCGAACUUGAGACGUCGCAAAGCUCAUGAGUUGCAGAGCAAAUGACUAAGAUACAAGCCUAAACUAACAAAUAUCAUUCGUUCGGACAUUUUUGGAUUGCCAUUGUCUCUCCAGUCCAGGUGCAAUGGAGUUCUUAACUCUGAAAUUUUUUAGGGUUCUAACUACAUGAUACGCUGCGUUUAUUUCCAGCCGGUAGCUUGCGAAACAGAGAUGAUAUAUCACUGAUGCAAGAUUUGUGAUUUGUAUGAAUGGCCAGAGCUCGUUGCUUUGUUCUGUGGAUUUUUGUUUGGCAGAGAUGAAGCAAGUUGCAUGUUGAUGGGAUAGCUCUGCUGGAUGAUCAACAGAAAAGGCGAAAAGGCUUUGAAAAGUAAUUUUGUUUUCCUGUAUCCUUGUAACUUUCUUCUACUACAUUUUUGGUAGCAUGUACUACGUAGAAAUGUUUUGAGGUAUUAUUGAUUUCAUACACCUUACGAUCAUAUUCAUGAGAAACUAAUUGUAAAUUGUGCCGUCUAAAAUUAAAACAGGGGAG